AUGCCCUGCUUAGAACAUCAGAAAGAAUUUCAAAACUCAUGUUAUGAGUUUAUGGAACAACGACUGAACUUUGGGGAUGCCCAGAACUGGUGUAAGCAAGGAGGUGGGCAUCUCACCAAUAUACAGAAUGAAAAUAUGCACAACUUUCUGCAGAAUCAUAUCAACCAUAUACCAGACAAUACGAGGUGGUGGAUUGGCUUAGUUUUAUUGGGAGCAGAACCAAGUCGGAGACUCCAUGUCCCAGUUCUAUCCUGGCUUGGUGCAUCAUUGCAGCUUCCCAAUGCUGGGAUUUCUGAACAAGGGACCGGUCUAUCACCCAAGUGCGGCUACCUUUCAUGGAAAAGUAGAUACAAACAUUGGGACACAACAAGCUGCAGCAAAACUCUCUCAUUUAUCUGUGAAUUUGGUCUGCAGCUGUCACAGGGAGUAACCUCUUCAAGUUGGAACAUUCUCACCAUUUCAUCCGAAAGAUCACAUUACACACCUUUUAAAAUCAUUUGCUCAGUUGACACUGGAGAUGGCCGCAUGAUUAAUACUGAAAUUCCAGAGCAAUCAUUCAGGAUCUUGCACACAUACAGAAGAUCUGGACUUUUCCAAAUUCACGUUGAAUGCCAUUCAAAGAACAGUCACCUUGAAGCUGAAAAAGCUGUUUUCAUUCAAGAGUUAUCCAAUGAUUUCAGUGAUGUCCAGUGUUCCAGCUCGGGCCAAUCCGAUGUGAUUCCCACUUGCAGAGUUCCAUUUGGACGUACAUUGUUGAUUGAUGUUGCAACUGGUAAAGGGGUCCACCUGAUCUACACGGCAUCAAUUGGAAACAUUACCCUCUAUACGUCCACUGCACAAUCAGGAAUUAUCUCUGUUGACAAUGCCACUCAGCACCUCAUUGGACCCGGUGUACAUCAAACAACCAUUCAUGUUUUGAAUAACUUAACUCUGAAAGAGACAUCUUGGGAUAUUACCAUUCAUUUAAUGGAGCCGCUUGUUGGUUUAGAGACCACAUUAAGCUCAAUUAUUCUGAUACCGUUGAAUCACUUUCCAGUGAGGAUCACAAUUUUAGAUGGUAGUCCAGUAAGGAGACAAUUUGAAGAAUUCCCCGUGAACAUAACUGUCAAUGCUACAGCAAGGCAAUCCAAAGCCAAAGAUAAAUAUUGGAGCAUUCUAAUGAAUUCUAAAGGUCCUAUCAUGAAAAAACAUAGGUUAACAAGGUUAAAAAGAAAUGGAAGCAAGGAGAAGAAUAAAGACAGCAAGGAAGUAGACAGGGAGAAGAACGGCAACGGAGCAAAGAAGGAGAAUAACAACAACGAAGGAAACAAGGAGAAUAACAGCAAGGAAGGAAACAGGGACAGUAACAGCAAGGAAGGAAACAAGGAGAAUAACAGCAAGGAAGGAAACAAGGAGAAUAACAGCAAGGAAGGAAACAGGGACAGUAACAGUAAGGAAGGAAACAAGGAGAAUAACAGCAAGGAAAAUGGCUUCCUAUUUUGGACACUUAAGCUCACCUUUAAGAAGGUGACAGAAGAGUUAAUGGUGAACUUCUCCUAUGCAGUAAAAAGUGUUGAUAAUUUGGUAAAGUUGGAACAGGCAGCAGUAUUCCUGGAUCACCUGACUAGUAUCCGCAGUAACUUAACGUAUACAAUUCAGGUAAAAGCCAGUGAGGUGCUUAUGUUUCUGUGCACACAGUUGAUAGAGCUCCAAGCUAAAGGUGAUAACUCUUCAGAAAGAAUAGGCUCAGCUGCUAAUUCACUCUUUCAUGCAGCUGAUAAUUUGGUAGACGCUAUGGACAUCGCCAACAUCACAAAGAUGAUGAUGAGGAUAGCCAACAGUACCAUACAGUCUCUGGAGAAAAUACAAACCGUGCUUUUGACCACGAUAAAGGAAGGGGACAAACCAAUCAUUAAACAAGGACAGAAAGUUAACAUGUACCUGAGCAGGAUCAGAUCAAGUAACUUAGCAGGAAGCAAAAUUUCUACCCCAGAACCUGUUCACGCUUAUUUCACUUUCCCUUCUAAACGUGCUUUAAAGAACAUCAUUGAGAGGCAUCCAGUGAUACAAAUAAAAGAAUUGGUUCUUAUUCUACAGCAGGAGAAGAAGCUGUCUGUUGGCUUCAGCAACUUAAACUGUGUUUAUGAGCUGGCCGUUGAUCUGUAUACAAUACCAAGCUUCAGGAACGGGAAUGUUAACUGGAUUUUUUUGUAUUUGGUGAAUGGUCAAGGACAGGGGAGUGUGGCUGCAGCUGAGGAAGGUAAAGAAACCAAGGGGCCAGGAAUGCAGGAGUCUUCGACUUUGCAAUUGUCCAGGUUUGGUGUUCUUUUAGUUUGCAUGGAUGAGAGUGAGAGGUACAGGGUUGGUGUACUAACUGCCACGGCAUUGCUGAAAGCCAUUCAAGUUGUGCUUUUCAGGGACAAUGUGAGCAAAAUGUUCAUGAAAGAAUACAGGUCAUGUGGAGAUCGCAUGAGCAUGGAAUUAAAUGUCACUUCACAUGAAGAGUCUAUUGUAAUACAAAUAAAUUCAGAAGAGCAUUGCUCACUACAGCUGUUCCUUGGCUUCCAAUAUAUACCCAGUGAGACAAUGUUUCAGCUUCAAACAGUCCUUCCAAUUAUGAGUGCCAAUGGAGAUCGCAUAUGUACCUGGAUUCUGACGCCUAGAAUGCUACAGCAUGGAGAAGGCGUUUACUAUGUGACGAUUGGACCAUCAAAUACAUCACAGGCAGAGAUUACGAGCUACAACGUCAGUGUUUUUACAGCACAAUGCUUGUUUUGGACAGGAGAUAAAUGGUCAGACAAUCUGUGUCAGGUUGGACCACAGACAACUCCUGGUCAAAGCCAUUGUCUUUGUAACCAUCUAACGUUUUUCGGCAGUACCUUUUUUGUUAUGCCCAAUACGCUGGAUUUGACACAGAUACCAGAACUGUUUGCUCAAACUAGUCAAAACCCUGUGGUGGUGUCACUUGUAGCUACUAUCUUUGGUGUUUACAUUAUUGUUCUAGUUUGGGCUCGAGUAAAGGAUAGAAGUGACUUACGAAAGGCAAAGGUAACAGUCCUAUUUGAUAAUGACCCUCAUGCACAAUAUCGUUACCUGAUAAGAAUUCAAACUGGUCACCGCAAAGGGGCAGCUACCACAGCUAAGGUAGUAAUUAUGCUCAUUGGCUCUAAGGGGCAGAGUGACCCUCAUUUCUUGACUGACUCAGAGAAACCUGUCUUUGAGAGAGGAGCAGUCGAUGAAUUCCUUCUUACUACAUUCUUUUCACUGGGGACUCUUCAGUCGAUAAGGUUAUGGCAUGACAAUUCAGGAUCCAGUCCUUCUUGGUAUGUGAAUCAUGUGACUGUUCUGGAUGUUGAAGCAAACAAACAGUGGCAUUUCAUCUGCAAUUCGUGGUUGGCAAUUGACAUUGAUGAAAACAUGAUAGACAAAAUCUUCCUUACAGCCUCUGACAUGGAGCUGAAGAGUUUCAAAAAUGUGUUCUUUACGAAGACAGCUGAAAGCCUUACGGACGGACAUAUCUGGUUUUCAGUGGUUGAGCGCCCUCCGAGAAGUUUAUUCACCCGAGUUCAGCGUGUUUCCUGCUGCUUUUCACUGCUGCUUGGUUCAAUGCUGACCAAUAUCAUGUUCUGGGGCACGUCGCCCGAUGAAUCAGCGCAGGCAGCAACAUUGGGAAAUUUCAGUUCUUUUAUACAGGAGUUGAUGAUUGGAAUUGAGAGUGCAUUGAUCAUGUUCCCUAUCAAUCUGGGAAUUGUGCAGAUAUUCAGGUCCAUUCGCCAUCAACCAAAUAAGACAAACAUACUGGAAAAUGCAAGUAUUCAGAAGUCAGCAUCCACCUUGCAUGCUCACAAUCCAGAGUCUCUAGUACAGGAUAUUAAGAAGAUGAUCAGCUUUAUUUCCAGGUCACUGUCGGAUGGAGUACCCACACUUGAAGAAGAAGUGAAUAAUACCAGUGAUAUCAAUCAAACUUUAGCUCUAUUGGCCAAUUUUAUUCACAUUAGCGUGGAGCAACACAAUAUGAUUGAAAAUAUAAAUACAACAGUUAAUACAGAGGAGAAUCCCCCAGGUUUGAGGAGUCAGAAGCUUAAGCAGCAGCAACACCGCCUAUACAUGUUACUGGAACAACUGGAGGAAAAUUUAAAUCAGAUGGGUAUUAGCACAUUCCAGAACCCCUACAGUCAAAUACAUGCUGUCGAUCAGGUGCAGAAAAUGAUGUGCUUCUUGCGGAGUUCCUCUCAGUUCAACGAUACAAUUUAUGAAAGAAAUACUACGACGGACUCCAAGGACUUGAAUAGAGUUUCUGUUGACCCUAACCACCAGCAGGACAAGACUAGACAGCAGCGCUUCAAUGGGUUCCCCUGGUGGUUUGUGUAUAUUGCUUGGUUUCUGGUGAUUGUAACAAGUGCUACAUCUGCUUUCUUCACUAUAUUGUAUGGGCUGUCCUACGGCAAAUCCAAAUCUAUCAAGUGGUUAAUCUCCAUGGCAACAUCAUUGUUCCAAACUACAGCCUUGAUUCUCUUCUUGCUGCUAUAUGAGACAAUCAAUGUUACUAAAUUUGCCUUUGCCAAGAUUCAUUUGCUAUUUAUUUCCUUGUUGCUAACCGUUGCUUAUGGAGAGCAAAAUUCCAACUCCUUCUAUCUCAACAGAGCCAUUAACCAGGCAUUCACUCCUUCUUUCAAUGAUAUCCAAAGUAUUGAGGACUUUUACACCUGGACUAGCAAAUUGUUACUGCCCAAGCUGUAUGGAAGUUAUAAAGGAUUCAUUACUGAUGGCUACUCAAAACUACUUGGCAGCCCUCGCAUUCGGCAACUAAGAGUGAAAAACAUUGAUUGUCCUGCAAUGAAGAUGUUAAAAAGCCUUGUUAAACAUUGUGCAGUCCCUUAUUCUUUUGAUGAGGAGGAUAUGUCAAACUAUGGAGAGCAGUGGUCAAACAACACAUCUGAUUAUGCCUCAAAUCUCAGUUACAUCUGGCAAUACCAACCAAGAUUACAGGGCUAUUCCUUUUGGCGAAACAUUGCUGUAUACAGAGGGAGUGGCUAUGUGGCUGACUUGACAACAGAAAAAGAGAAUGCAUCCAGGAUUGUUGAAUAUUUAAUUGAAAGCAAUUGGAUAGACAGUCACACCAGAGCAAUCUUUGUAGAGUUCACAGUCUACAAUGCAAAUGUAAAUCUGUUCUGUGCAACAACAUUGACACUGGAGACAAAUGGUAUCGUGAUGGAGAGGGAUAGAUUUGUCAGUUUUCAUGGGUUGAUGAGCGUAAAUUCGGCUUUUACCUACAUCAUUGCUGUUCUGGUGGCACUAACCACAAUAAAACUCUGGUAUCUACUGCAGCUGGAUCCAAAGCUGCACCUGUUCACAUCUGCAAUGCAGAGAGCCUGGGGGAGUCUCAGAGGUUUAUUUGUUGUCCUCAUUCUGCUGCUUGUGGCCUACGCUAGUGUGACCUAUGUGAUUAUGGGCCUGAAUCUAUCCUCCUACAGUACAUUCUUCAAAGCUGCUACAACAGUAUUUCUUCUUCAGCUCGGGAGUUUUAACUAUAAUGAGGUAUUAGAACAUUAUCCUAUUUCAGGUGCAAUUAUUAUUGCUUCCUCCACCAUCUGUAUGACGUUUGUGAUCUUAAACCUCUUUCUAUCAGUAAUUCUGUUGACCUUCACAGAGGAACGCAAUUCUCCAAUGCCAUCUGAGGAUCAGGAAAUAGUAGACCUGUUGUUGAAGAAACUUUGUGGCUUCUUUGGAAAUCAAGGCAGUACAAAAUCCUUGCAGCAGAGAAAAUCUGACUAA